CUAGCAACUUACAAGUGCCAGCAGAUCUUGGAUAGCGGCAAGUACGUCGAUGGUCUCGCCAGUCGUCACCGGAUAUUAUCGCUACACAGACAUAUUCUUCGAAUGGCACCAGGCCCUCCCCAACCCUGAGGAUCGGAGCCCUCUCAAGGCAAUUUUGGCACAAGACGCGUUCGUGCAUCCCGAUCACCCUCUUCACAAGGAGGGUGCCGAGGGUGCAGAGCUGUAUCUUGGAACACUGCAAAAUUUUGAGUCACGACUUUUGUUCUCUUCAGCUCAGGUCGAAUACCUAAGGUACUGGCUGCAUGCAAUGCAGCUCACCAAGGAUCUUAUACCUCUUCCGUACUCGGACUGUCUUCUGACGGAGUCCAAUUUACGUCAUGUCUCCCCCGUCCACUUCAAAACUAGAGAGGAACUCAGGACUACAUUGAAGCAAAUCGAGAAAAACAACAAACGCUUGAAGGGUACGAAUCCAACGCUUAAUGUCCGCCGUGAUAUCUUCGAGCGGGUUCGAUCUCUCUGGGCUCAGCAGCAAGGUACCUGGUGUGCGCUGGAUUUUGAGGCCUGGGAUAGAGACCACACACUCCUCACCGAGUUUGGGUGGAGCACCGUUCGUUGGGAUGGUGGAUCAAAAAUUGAGGAUCAAGGGCACCUCAUUGUCAAGGAGCACAGGUAUUAUACCAACACCUUCGUGUCUAACAAUCGAGACCACUUUUCAUUUGGCAAGAGCGAAGAAGUCAACAAAACUACGUUCAAACGGAGAAUUCAAGCUCUCGUGGAAGACCUUAAGAAGUCAGGCCCUCUCUUCCUGAUUUUCCACGACAAUAAUCAGGACAUCAAGUACCUCAAGUCAAAGGAUGUCGAUGUGCAACUCCCAGAUGUUGUGUUUUUACUUCCUGAUGUGCUGCCCAAAGAUGGUGUCUUCGUCUUAGAUACAUCCGACUUGUUCGCUGCCUUGGAGGGCGAAGACGGGGGGAAUCGCAAAUCCUUGGAGCGCACAUGUCGCCAUUUGCAGAUUCCGACUUCACAUCUCCACAAUGCGGGAAAUGACGCUCAUUAUACCAUGCUCACCUUGAUAUCUAUGGCCUCUGGUGAACCCAUCGAUAUGCAACGCGAGAGGCGGUGGCCUAAUCGCACAUCACCAAAUUCAAGCGUCCCAAACAAGCCGCUUAAUGGAGCCGGCGUUAGGGUUCACUUCGAGCCCUGGGAGGAGGAUGACGAUUGUUCAGAUCAAGAAGGUGUUUGCGGACCGGUAGUGGACAUGAAUCGGUUCAAGGCGGAUAGUGACGACGAAAUGCCUUAGUACCGUGCAUAACAAGUACACGCGAAAAGGUACACAUAGUCUAAC